CAUUUCUCAACCCGAAUCGAGAAACAAUUAAUAACAUUCACCACGUGUCACCUUACUCAACAUUGGCUUACACAAAUUAUUGUCCCUUCCUUUUUAUUUUUGGUGCACCAAAUUAUUGUCCUUUAAUGGUGCUAUCUUCAAUUCAAUUCAAUUCUCCCAUACAUUCAACUUUCUCUAACCUUCCUUUACAUUCCAAUCCUCAAGCUCACGCGCCGCAGCUCACCACCUAAUUGCCACCACCGUUCCAAGCAGCAGCCCCGCCACAGUCGGCAGUCCGUAUCCCGUAACCGCCGCACUUCUGCUACUGCUGAAGUUGCUGAGAACGGAAAAUGAAUGUGUUUAGCUUCAGCUUGGUGUUAUGGCUUGUUGGAGUUUUCUUUAUGCCAUUGAACUCCUUCAGAGGUGGAGUUAAUCAAUCCAUACUAGUUUCCGGUAGGAUGAUUGUUGAUGGCGAUACGAUGACAACAAAUAGGAAUCUGAAGGAAAACAGAAAUGGUGGUGAAGUGAGUUUGGAAGAUUAUCGGCCUGUUGACCCGAGUCCAAGUCGUUCAAAGGCAUCUGUAAAACAUGGACCAAUCCAGCAUGGGACUCCUCCUAUUUACAUUCCCCCAAAGCCUUCUCCUCCUUUUCCAAGUCCCUUCUUCAACCAGGAUGGAUCUCCUUAACCUUUUAAUCAAACUCAAACUGGUUAGCUUAAUAAUUAAUAUCCCAAUUAGAUGCCCAGUGUAUAUUUCAAUCUUACCCUAUUCCUGUUGUAUUUGGUAAUCUAAUUUUCUACUCAUUUGUACUCCUCAUUAGUCACUCUUAAUCAACUUUGAUAAUCAAAAAUGAAUAUCAUCACAUGCAUAAUUUGGUA